GAAUUAGUUGUGUUCUAUCCAAUGACGAAGUGUCUUGUGGCUGAGAGCUGUUCCCGGAGACCGAUCCAGUAUAUCGGAUUCAUUAUUGGAGUUCCAGUAUUUCAAGACGAAGGACAGAAGGAGUGAGUGACCCAGUGGGCUGGUUGGUGUGAGGGGGCAGAGCAGCAGCCAUGGGUGAAAUUGAGGGUUCCUACAGGGCCAUACAGACCCCUGGCACCCGGCUGGGGGCCCAGUUCAAUGCUGGGAUCAGUACCUUGGAGCCGGGCCAGAGCCUCAGUGAUGCCUUGGGCCCCGGGGGUAGGAGCCCAGGCAGAGGACUACAGCUCAGGGUCCAGAGCCUGGACGACUCCCAGGAGUUUUACGACUUGGAGUCCAGAGCUGACGGACAGACUCUUCUCUCUGAUGUGUUCCGGAGGAGCAACCUAAGGGAGAGCGAUUACUUUGGCCUAGAGUUCCAGAACAUGCAGAUGAGCUGGGUUUGGUUGGAACCCACGAAGCUCGUAGUGAAACAAGUGAAGAGACCCAUGAACACCCUCUUCAGGCUGUCAGUGAAGUUCUUUCCUCCUGACCCUGGUCAGCUGCAGGAAGAGUACACUAGGUACCUGUUCUCCCUGCAGAUGAAGCGAGACCUGCUAGAGGGCAAGUUGAGCUGUACAGAGAACACAGCCUCCCUGCUGGCCUCACACCUCCUUCAGUCGGAGAUAGGGGACUAUGACGACGUGGCGGACAGGGACUUCCUGAAGCUGAACAAGCUGCUGCCCAAUCAGGAGAGGAUACAGGAGAGGAUCAUGGAACUGCACCACAGACACCUCGGGCAGACUCCAGCCGACUCAGACUUUCAGGUUCUGGAGAUCGCCCGUAAACUGGAGAUGUACGGCGUCCGCUUCCACCCAGCUGCCGACCGCGAGGGAACGAAGAUCAACCUGGCCGUGGCUCACAUAGGCCUGCAGGUCUUCCAGGGUAACACCAAAAUAAACACCUUCAAUUGGUCCAAGAUCCGAAAACUGAGCUUCAAGAGGAAACGCUUCCUGAUCAAGCUAUACCCAGAGGUUCAUGGGCCUCAUCAGGAUACCCUGGAGUUCCAGAUGGUCAGUCGGGACCAGUGUAAGAUCUUCUGGAAGAACUGUGUGGAACAUCACUCGUUCUUCCGACUCUUGGAUCAGCCGCAGCCCAAGUCCAAAGCCAUUCUCUUUAGCAGGGGAUCGUCGUUCAGAUACAGUGGGAGGACCCAGAAGCAACUAGUGGAAUAUGUCAAGGACAGCGGAUCAAGGAGGACACCAUAUCAGAGGAGGAACAGUAAGGUGAGGAUGUCAGCUCGCUCUCUGGCCCCCGAUGUGCCAAAACAGACGUUGUCGUUCAAUGACAGCCUGCGGGCGCCAGGUUCCCCGUCCUCUGCGUCUGGGUCCUUCUACUCCAUACAAGUCUCCAGCUCCCCCCCACGUCCGGAGCCCCAGGCCCAGUCUCCACAGCCUCCUCCCCAGCAGCAACAGACCCAGUUUCCACAGCUUUCUCCCCAGCAGCAACAGACCCAGCUCCUGCCCCCACAGCUGGCCAGGCCCUCCAGCCCCCCAGCGAAGGAGGAUCCCCACAAGGCCACCGGCAUCCCCCCAUGUCACCACGCCUUCUCACAAGGUGCCCCAAGUUACCCGGCGGCAGGAGACUGCAACCCCUCGUCUGUGUGUGUAGAGAGUAGAGCUUCCCAUCCGCAGCAGCAGCCCUCCCAAAAUGGCAAUGAGGAUAGUGAGCAGGGGUCCUCUAUGGACAGCCCCCAGCUCUCCCCGUUCAACUCGAAGAGCUCUCCCCUCUGCCUGUCCCCCUCCUUCCAGAUGUCUACGCUGAGUCUCCCGGGGGCGGGCCAAGCCCCCUCGCCCCUACAGAGCCCCAUCCUGAGUGAGGUGGGCACCAACAGGCUAGAGGAGGAGGAGGAGGGCAGGAGGAAGCGAUAUCCCACCGACAAGGCCUACUUCAUUGCCAAAGAGAUUCUAACCACAGAGAGGACCUACCUGAAAGACCUAGAGGUUAUCACAGUGUGGUUCCGCAGUGCUGUGAUCAAAGAGAACGCCAUGCCAGAGGGUCUGAUGGCCCUGCUGUUCUCGAACAUCGACCCCAUUUACGAGUUCCACCGGGGAUUCCUCAAGGAGAUCGACCAGAGACUAGCUUUAUGGGAGGGGCGCUCUAACGCUCAUGUGAAGGGAGACUUCCAGAGGAUUGGAGACGUCAUGCUGAGGAACAUGUGUGCUCUCAAGGUGUUUACCAGCUACCUGCAGAAACACGACGAGGUGCUGACCGAGCUGGAGAAGGCCACCAAGCGCCUGAAGAAGCUGGAGACGGUGUAUAAGGAGUUUGAGCUUCAGAAGGUGUGUUACCUGCCUCUCAACACGUUCCUGCUGAAGCCCAUCCAGCGCCUCAUGCACUACAAACUGAUCCUAGAGAGACUGUGUAAACACUACAGCCCAGACCACCUCGACCACAACAACUGCAGAGAGGCCCUGAAGGAGGUGGCAGAGAUGGCCACUCAGCUCCAGAGUAGUUUGAUCCGCCUGGAGAACUUCCAGAAGCUGUCUGAGCUCCAGAGAGACCUGAUCGGCAUCGAGAACCUCACUGCGCCCGGCAGGGAGUUCAUUCGAGAGGGUUGUCUGUACAAGCUGACCAAAAAAGGCCUGCAGCAAAGGAUGUUUUUCCUGUUCUCUGACCAGCUCCUGUACACGAGUAAAGGUGUGACGGCCACAAACCAGUUCAAGGUCCAUGGCCAGCUGCCUCUGCACGGCAUGAUCGUGGAAGAGAGUGAGAAUGAGUGGUCUGUCCCUCACUGCUUCACCAUCUACUCUGCCCAGAGGACCAUUGUGGUGGCAGCCAGCUCGAAGGUGGAGAUGGGGAAAUGGAUAGAGGAUCUCAACAUGGCAAUAGAGAUGGCCAAGAAAUCUCAGGAGAAAUCAGACCUGUUCCUGGACCCAGGGCUGUGUGAUCGCUCCAACAGGUCGUCGGAUGAGGUUUCUCUGGAGCAGGAGUCAGAGGAUGACAUGUCGUCGUCCCGUAACUCUCUGGAUAAGCAGACCCAUCACCGUGCCAACAGCACCAUGCAUGUCUGCUGGCAUCGCAACACCAGCGUGUCCAUGUCAGAUCACAGCCUGGCUGUGGAGAACCAGCUCUCAGGUUACCUCCUACGGAAAUUCAAGAAUAGCAAUGGCUGGCAGAAGCUCUGGGUGGUCUUCACCAACUUCUGUCUGUUCUUUUACAAGACUCACCAGGAUGAUUUCCCGCUGGCAAGCCUCCCGUUGCUAGGGUACACUGUGAGCAGCCCGGGAGAGUCAGACAGCAUCCACAAGGAAUAUGUCUUUAAACUGCAGUUCAAGUCCCACGUCUAUUUCUUCCGGGCGGAGAGCGAGUAUACAUUCGAGAGAUGGAUGGAGGUGAUUAAGAGUGCGGCUAGUGCUACUGGCAGGAUGAGUCUCCUCAUACCUAAAGGUCCCCUGCAGAUGAAUGGGAACUAACUCCGCUCCUUGAUCUGAUCUACUGCGGCUUAGAAUCUAAUCUGCGUCCCAAAUGGAACCCUAUCCCCUAUAUAGUGCACUACUUUAGACCAGAGCCCUAUGGAACCCUAUCCCCUAUAUAGUGCACUACUUUAGACCAGAGCCCUAUGGAACCCUAUUCCCUAUAUAGUGCACUACUUUUGACCAGAGCCCUCGUCCCAAAUGGCACCCUAGGGUCAGUCCUACAGAGCAAAAGGGCUGGGCCCAAUAGACUCUGAGACAAUACUGUAUAAUACCAUCUCUCUCUCUCUCUCUACGGUUUUCAUUGGCAUCAUGUUAAAGUGGCACUCAUGUCUUGGAUUUAUUUGGCAGAUAAGGGCUCAGUGAGUGACUGGAAGUUAUUAUUCUCUCCUUCUAGAAUUGUCAACCAUUGUUACGUGAGAGAAUCUGUUGAAACAAUGUAUCAGCAGGGAACAGACACGCAAUAUGAAUCCAGUAGUUGGAUACGUGGUUCAAGAGAGAAGGAUAUACUAGUGCUAUCACGAUAAACAAGGAUGCUUGAGGACAUUCUGUCAAGGAUGAGUGUAUUCACUCAGCCAGCUGAGAAAGGGAACUAAAGCGGGACUCGUCACCUUCUCACGAGCAGCCAGUGUAAAACAACUACAUCACAAAACAUAAGCUUGGUUUCCCACACUCGGAUUAAAUCUAGUCCUGGACACGGAUUAAGUCUAGUCCUGGACACGGAUUAAGUCUAGUCCUGGACACGGAUUUAAGUCUAGUCCUGGACACGGAUUUAAGUCUAGUCCUGGACACGGAUUAAGUCUAGUCCUGGACACAGAUUAAGUCUAGUCCUGGACACAGAUUAAGUCUAGUCCUGGACACAGAUUAAGUCUAGUCCUGGACACAGAUUAAGUCUAGUCCUGGACACAGAUUAAGUUUAGUCCUGGACACAGAUUAAGUCUAGUCCUGGACACAGAUUAAUCCGUGUCCAGGACUAGACUUAAUCUGUGCCUGGAAAACCGUCUUCUAGCGAUUUAUCUAUCAGGUUAUGUUCUCGAGAAGUUUACACAGCGUUAGUCUAGAGACUGUUUCCUUUUAGCCAGUGAAAGCAUUCUACGGACGGUCGUUGUUGAGUUUGUAUCGUGUCUGUCUACACGAAGGUACAGGUGUAGAAAUGGAACUGGUAGGUGGAGGGAGGGCAAUGAUGAUAUUACGAAGGUGCAGAGGUUGCAGGAUUGAUUUGACUAGGGACUGGGAAGGGUAACUAGCUAGAGAACAACCUCAGAUACUUUCUUUAUACCACGUUUUAAAAUAGCUGGACUUGAGGUAGCUCUGGUCCAGGGUGUUGUUUCCUCCACUAAGGAAUUAGUGGAUGAAUUAAUGCCCUGGACCAGAGCUAUGGUUCAGCAGGAGAGGUAGGGAGGUAGCCAGUGAAUGUCCUUUUUUUAUUAUUUUCAUUGAUAAAGGCAGAUAGUAUUGUAUGUUGAAAUGAGUUAGGAACACAAGCAGUCAAUCUCCUUUUUUAGGAUAAUUUCUGUAAAAGACUUGGAGGUCAAUUAUUCUGUUCUUUUGAGAAUUUCGUAGUUCUCAUUUGUUCUGUUGUCACACUGAGGUAUUAAUGGCCAUGGAGUUAAAAUCAAAAAUGGAGCCAAACACACAUUCUGUAAGGUACGUUUUCCAUUGAAGUGUUUCAAGGGGUCUAUAUUCCUGUUUAAUAAAUGUAAAAGUACUUUUUUGGCCCCAAGAGAAAAACCUUGUUAAUUAAGUUUUCCUGUACUAUCAAUAUGUAGUCCUAUUUUAUUUUCAUACAUUGACAAUAGUCCAACCUAAUUCUGUCUCUCAUAACCUCAAAUGUUGUUUAAAGUCAAACAUCCUUAAAGCAUUUAAUUGUUGUGUUAUUGACUUAUUAUUAGUCAGUGUUGGCCAGUUCUAUUGUUGUUUGAUUUCCUAGUUUUAAGGACAGAAGGAAGUCGGGAAGGAAGGUGCUACAUUUGAUUGUUUUGGCUUGCUGGGCUUGUAUAGUUACUAUCAUGUGUUCGGGAUUAUAGUUAGUUUAGCGUUGAUGUUGUUGUUCAUUUAACAUAGAGAUGACGAUGACCUCGUAAAAUAAAUAUGCAGUGUAUAUCCUAAUAUCUAGUCUGUUAAAGUUACAGAUUCCAUUCUAAUACGUCAUUAAGGCUGAAGAGCUUGGAUGCGUCCCCCCCCCCCAAAUGGGAUCCUAUUUCCUUAUGGGCCCUGGUCAAACGUAGUGCACUAUAAAGGGAAUAAGGGUACCAUUUGGGACUCGUCCCAUGUUAGAAGAUGAUCUGUAAUGGUAUAACUGUUAGGUGACGCGGUCUUGCUGUAGGUAGCGGGCCGUGUGAGCAUUGUGUUUUUAAUAGGUGACUACAGGAGAUCGGGAUCUGUAUAUUCACUAAAUGUCUCGGAGUAGAGCUGAUUUAGGAUGAGGUCCCCCCCCCCCCCCCCCCCCCAUGUAAAUCGUACGCAUAAGAGGGUAGAACUUCUCCUAGGUUAGCACUCCUACUUUGAGACGCUAGAUACAUACGGGGGUCCCUGAUCUUGACCGUUCGUCGUCAGAAAGUCCCGUCCCCCCCCCUUCCCUUUCCCCCGUUACUGUCUACACACCGUGGGCUCGUUAUAUUAUCUUUCUGUCUCCGGAGUGAUAGGGGCCAGUGAGGUGUAAUCCUGUCAUCUUCUUUUUUCCCUUGUUGGACUGGAAUGAAUCACAAUGCUUCGAGCGCACCUAUAUCUCCCAAAUGGCUCUCUAUUCCCUAUAUAGUGCACUACUUUUGACCAGGACCCAUGAGGAAUAGGGUGCCAUUUUGAGAUGCAUCAAUGAUUUUUAGAGGGGGGGGGGGGGGGCCGGGGGGCACCUCACCUCUCUUAACUCCUCUCCCAGUUCAUCUCUCUGUGUUCAGGUGUGCUAAUCAACCAAGGCCCCACUGGCCCCCCUGCUGUUCAAGUCUCCAGUCAGAUGUCCUUCCUAUUUAUUGUGUAGCAGCAUGUCAUUGGAGCCCUUCUUGUUCCUGUAUGUCCUGCCUCUUUCUCAACGUUAUUAUUGCAUUGAAAGGAUAACAAAUAAAGUUGAACAGAUGUUAAACAA